GAGCGCCGCCGUGUCCUCUGCGGCCGCCAUGCUGCCCGCCGCCCGCGCGCUGCCGCCGCGCCUGGCCCGCCUGCCCUGGCGCUGGGCACCGGCCGGGCCUCCCGCUCUCGGCCUGCGGGCGUUGGGUACCGGUCGAUCCCGGCGCUCGGAGGCUUUGGCCGGAGCGCCGCUGGACACGGCCGCCAAGGAGUACUCGCCCAAGGUGCGGCAGCUGGUGCGGGACAUCGCCGGGCUGACGCUGCUGGAGGUGGCCGACCUCAACGCUCUCCUCAAGGAGACUCUGAAGAUCCCGGACGUGGGGGUGAUGCCGGCGGCGGCGGCCGCCUCCCUCCUGCCCUCCCAGGCGGCUCCGCAGGAGGAGGAGGAUAUCCCGCUCAAGAAAGAGAAAACACAUUUCACCGUCCGGCUGACGGAGAUGAAACCCGCUGACAAGGUGAAACUGAUCAAGGAGGUGAAGAACUUCGUGCCCGGCGUGAACCUGGUGCAGGCCAAGAAGCUGGUGGAGUCCCUCCCGCAGGAGAUCAAGGCGAACGCCUCCAAGGAGGAAGCAGAGAAGAUCAAAGCGGCGCUGGAGGCGGCAGGAGGGACUGUGGUUCUGGAGUAGGAGGCCCGGGUCGCACCGAGGAGGGACUGGUGUGACGGCAGAGCCUUCCCCGCUGCCACCACCCCGACCCGUGGCCGCUGCCGGGGCCGGGCUCGGGCUCCGGGACGUCUCCCGAAGUGCGGGACGUCCUUUAGUCGUGCGGUGGGAAUGGAAAGCUCUCUCCAAACCCAUUGGCUGCAAAAGAAAUGCUGUACGGUUUUGGCGGGGCUGCUCACGAGUUCCGGCACCGCCACGAACUCUACCUUCAUAAAUAUUGCUCCCCCCCUAAAAAAAAAAACAAAAAAAACACAAAAAAACCAACCUGUUAAAUGGUUAAAUCUCUCAAAACCCAAUGUGCCUAAACCGUUGCCCCCCACACUGCUUGGUAUCUCCCCCCCUCACACCCCCUUCCUCAAGCUGCUUUGGGUGCUGCCGCACCGAAAAGGGAUGCUUUGACUUUCU